AUGUGGGACCUGUGUGCACUGGUGGUCCGCUGGUUUCUCUCCUUCGGACUGUUGGCCUCCGUGGGGCUCUGUGUUCUGAAGAGGGUCCGUCUACGUCCAAAGACCACCUCAGUUAAAGGUAGGUAUCAUGAUGUUAGUAUGUGGUGGUGAAGGUUAGAAUCUGUCUGUCUGCCUGACUGCCGGGUUUUUGAACAAUGUCUAUGUGUGUAGUAGAAUGUAAAGUAUGUGUAUUUUUGAAUGGGUAGGUCUAUGGCUACGUAUGUCUGUGCAUGUGUGUGGUUAGUGUGUACCACAGGAGGCUGCUGAGGGGAGGACGGCCCAUAAUAAUGGCUGUAAAGGAGCAAAUGGAAUGGCUUCAAACACAUUGAAACCAUGUGUUUGAUAUCAUUCCACUGAUUCCACUCCAGCCAUUACCACGAGCCCGUCCUCCCCAAUGAAGGUGCCACCAACCUCCUGUGAUGUGUAUGUGUGGUGGUUGUACAGUAUAUGUACAUAUACAGUAUGUAUCUCUGUACUCUACCAUUUGUGUUGGGUGUCUGUGUUCUCCUGUUGGCAGGCCUUGGGAUGACUAGGCAGUUUUACAGUAAUGGCAGCAAGUGGUGAUGGGGUAAGGGGAGGGAACUGCACUUCAUAUAUAGCAAGCUUGUUUCCCAGUCAAGCUCAGACAUCCUGUGUCUAUUUAAAGAUGACUAUUAAAUAGUCUAGGACAGACUAGUGAUAUGGACAUGCUGAUUGUACAUUAAAGUAUAUUAUACAAUAUGCUUGUAUCAGCAUAUUAAAAUAUAUUCAAGUAAACGAUCUGCAAGUACUUGCGAUUGUCACAAAUUACUACCUUUAUAUUUUUAGUUGUAUUUUUGUUACACGUCUCUAUUUGUACUUUGAUUGCUAUUUAAUUCUUAGCUGAAUACAAAGACUGUCUUGUAAUACAUGAGUAAGUCCAGUUAAUGGACUCCUGCACACACUGCAGUCCACAGACAGGGGUGGUCCGCCUGAGUUAAUUCUCUCUUCAUGCUUAGUUACUCCUCCCUCAUUGCUAGUAAACACAAUUGACAUACAACUCAGAUUAGAUCUGCUUCACAUUGACAUUGUGUCACGGAUUCCCCCGGUACUGCUGCUCAUUCCGUCCACCAGUUCCAGAGGUCUAUGUCACCGGCUUUCUAGGCGUCACUGAUAUGGAUCAUUACCACCAACCCUGGACUGUCAUUACGCACACCUGGUUCCCAUUCCCUCUGAUUAGUAUGUGUAUAUAUGUGCCCUCUGUUCCCCAUUGUCCAAUGUCCGUUGGUCUCGUGAGUACCGUGUAUUGUGCUCUUGUGAUUACGGGUCUCGUCCCGUGUAUUUGUUUGGAGGUUUACACCUCGCUCUUUUGUUUGGGUUACAUCCCAGUGUUAAAUACAUACGUGUUUGUUUUGGGCUUCUUCCCCAUUGUUUUUCAUUACGUACCUUGUGUUGGGUGGAGUAAAUAAAACCCCUAAUACGUAUUCCUGCGCCUGUCUUCAAAUCAUUAUACAACAUGACACAUUGACUGAGCCACUGAGAUCCUAACAGUGCAUGAAUGAUCAAACAGUUAAGAACCAUUCUGGAGUGUGCACACAUACACUCACAAAUAUAUACACACAAACGUAUACACACACAAGGUGGAGUAAUGUGUCUACUUUCUAUGGUGACUUUCUAUGGUAGCUAAUGAGGUGGAGGGCGUGAACCACUGAGACAGACAUGAUAAUGACACUCACAGAUAGGGUGUGUGACGACAUUACAAACACAUACACAGUCUUCAAGAACAAAGCAUUGUCUUUAAAAAACUAACUUUGAAAUGGGAACAAUCAGAAGAAAUGCUAGGUAGAGAAGGCAUCUCGGGUGAAUCACGACUCAGGAUAAGACACAGAUGCAGACACAGGAGGCAGAUAGUUCAGAAUGUUUAUUUUAACACAGGGGGCAGGUCAAGGGCAGGCAGAGGUUCGUAAUACAGGAGAGUCAGGCAGGUACUGUCACGAUCGUCGUAAGCAACGGACCAAGGCGCAGCGUGAUAUGCGUACAUCUUUUAAUAAGUACUUUACCAACACUUAACAAAACAACAAAACAAAACGAAACGUGAAGUCCUCGGUCAUAAAACACAAACCUACACGGAACAAGAUCCCACAAAAGACAAGUGCACAACAGGCUGCCUAAGUAUGGUUCCCAAUUAGAGACAACGAGCCACAGCUGUCUCUAAUUGGGAACCACCCCGGCCAACAUAGAAACACAUAAACUAGAACAAGAACAUAGAAAACGAAACAUAGAACCUAACACCUAGAAACUAACACAUAGAAACUAACACCCUGGCUCAACAUAUAAAAGUCCCCAGAGCCAGGGCGCGACAGGUACAUGACGACAGGCAGGCUCAGGGUCAGGACAGGCAGGAGGGUCAGAACCGGGAAGACUAAAAACAAAAACUUGAGAAACAGGAAAAAACACGCUGGUAGGACCUGACAAGACAAGACGAACUGCCAACAGGAGACAAAGGGCUGUGAGACAGAAGUUUAAUCCUAGACACAUGAAAAGUGGGAUGUAUACGGAGGGUGCGGGGCAACAGAAGAUGAACAACAGAGGGGCUAAGGAUUUUAGAGAUGGUGAAAGGGCCGAUAAAACGGGGGGAAAGUUUACGGGACUCCACGCGGAGGGGCAGAUCCUGAGUGGAAAGCCAUACCCUCUGCCCGAGACAAUAGCGGGUAGCAGGGGUCCGGUGGCCGGCCUCUCUUCCAGGUACGGCGACAGGGGCGGACGAACAUCUGGGCAGAAGGUAUGCUGACGUCUUCCUCUUGUUCAGGGAAGAGCGGGGGCUGAUAUCCCAAGGAACACUCGAAGGGCGAGAGACCAGUGGCUGAGCAGGGAAGGGUGUUGCGGGCGUAUUCCACCCACACGAGUUGCUGGCUCCAGGUGGUGGGGUUGGUGGAGAUGACAGGAACCAUGGUGGGCCACCAAAAACGUUGUCGGAUAAAAGCCAGAGUCCGACGGGAGCCAGGAUGGCAGGUCAGUGUAGAGGAAUGUGCCCAUUCCAGGACCGGGGAAUGGGCAGAGUUCGGGACAAACAUCCGGUUAGCCGGGCCCCGUACAGACCAGGCUCUCUAUACCCCAGAUGAGUGCAGCCGCUAGACAGGAGGUAGGGAGGAUGGUUUCGAGGUCAGACGGUGUAGCAUUAUUGGACCCAGGGCGGUAGGAGUUAGUAAAAUUGAAACGAGUGAAUAACAGGGCCCAUCAAGCCUGCCUUGAGUUGAGGCGCUUAGCGGUGCGGCGAUAUUCCAGGUUCUUAUGGUCAGUACACACUAAGACUGGAUGUUCCGCCCCCUCUAACCAGUGCCUCCACUCCUCCAAUAGCCUCUUGACCACGAGUAGUUCUCAAUUUCCCACGUCAUAGUUCCUCUUAGCAGGGUUAAGAUGAUGGGAAAGGAAAGCGCAGGGAUGCAGCUUUUGGUCCUGGGCAUAACGCUGGGACAGGACGGCCCCCACUCCGACAUCCGAGGCGUCGACCUCCACCAUGAACUGACGAGACCGGAUGGAUUAAGAUGGGAACUGUAGUGAAUCGAUGCUUGAGGUCCGAGAACGCCCAGUCAGCUGCUGGAGACCACGUGAACGGAACCUUGGGAGAAGUGAGUGCUGAAAGGGGGGAAGCCAGGGUGCUGUAACCCCGGAUGAAGCGGCGUUAGAAAUUAGCCAACCCCAGGAAAUGUUGCAGCUGCACUCUGGAUGUGGUUUGAGGCCAAUCCACCACCGCUCUCACCUUGUCAGAAUCCAUCGGAAUAUUUCCUGCAGCGAUGACGUAUCCUAGGAAGGAGAUGGUGAAGCGAUGGAACUCACAAUUCUCUGCUUUAACACAAAGCUGGUUCUCCAGGAGACGCUGAAGGACCUAUUGGACGUGGAGGACAUGCUCUUGAGCUGAACGGGAAAAAACAAGGAUGUCGUUGAGGUAGACAAACACAAACUGGUUCAACAUGUCACGGAGCACAUCGUUGACCAGGGCCUGGAACACUGUGGGAGUGUUGGUCAGUCCGAAUGGCAUCACAAGUUACUCGUAGUGCCCGCUAGCCAUGUUAAAGGCUGUCUUCCAUUCGUCUCCUUCCCGUAUCCAAACGAGAUGGUAGGCAUUCCGAAGGUCCAACUUCGAGAAGAUCGUCGCCCCCUGGAGAGGCUUGAAAGCCACGGAGAUGAGUGGUAGAGGGUAACGGUUUUUAACCGUGAUAUCAUUAAGGCCCCGGUAGUCGAUACACAGGUGCAGGGUUUUGUCCUUCUUCACAAAGAAGAACCCUGCGCCGGCGGGAGAGGCAGAUUUGGCGAAUACUCCCUGCAGCAAGAGAGUCCUCAAUGUACCUUUCCAUAGUCUUGGUCUCCGGACCCGACAGGGAAUAAAGCCUCCACCGAGGCGGUGUAAGUCCUGGGAGAAGGUUGAUAGCGCAGUCGUAGGGUCGAUGCGGAGGGAGAGAUGUAGCGCGGGUGGCCGGGUAUGGUUCCCAAUCAGAGGCAGCUGUCUAUCGUUGUCUCUGAUUGGGGAUCAUACUUAGGCAGCCUUUUUCCCACCUUAGUUUGUGGGAUCUUGUUUUGUAUGGUUGCUUUGUAGCCUGCAGAACUUUAUGUUUGUGUGUAUUUUGUAGUUUUGUCUGUGUUUCAUUUAAUAAAUUAAGAUGUUCGGCUACCACGCUGCACCUUGGUCCGAGCCUUCAAUCAACGAACGUGACAGGGUGAGAUACUUAGUUGAUUCUUCCGGUGCAUAGCAACAUCUGAUUCAAUGCAUUAGUCAUGGCAUUAGCUAGUUAGUUAGCAAUUAGGAAAAAUAUAAUUGUAUUUUUGCAUGCAUUUAGAAUAAAUUAAUUGUUUUAUUUCUAGCUGCUUUAAUGUUUUUACCACAUGUUAUCAAAAGAUAUACAGUACAUUUAUGCUUCAAUUGAUAGGAGUUUGAUAUGAGGGUACCCAUACACUCUCAGUACAGUACCCUCUCAAGUUAAUUCUCAACGAAGAUCUCCAUUCUAACAAACUCACUCUAACUUCUGUUGUCCCCCAAACCACUCUUAUCCAUGCUAUGUUGUUGAUAGGCUCGGCGUAGCCUUGGAAAGCCUCUUCUGUGAUUGCUGCCGACCAAGCGUAUUUAUUUGUAUGAAGGCACAGGCUGUGACGGUGGUUAGUUUUAUAAUUAGUUUAGAGUGAAGAGAGGUGUGUGUGUGUGUGUGUGUGUGCGCACACAAGUGUAUGUGCACGUGAUAGGGUGUGUGUGCUCUCAUCAUGCGCAUGCAUCAGAUUCCUGCCAAGCAGAGGGGUGGAUAAACUGCGUCCCUCCUGUCCCAUCCAGUCACUUUCCCAGUCAGGCAAGCAGAGAGAGUGAGAGGAGAGAAAGAGGUGAGAGGAGAGAGAGAGACAUUCUACUGCACUAUACCACACACUAUAACAGCAGGGCUACCAGGAUCAAGGCUAAUUGUGCUCUGCUUUCUUUUCCUUCCUUCCCUUCUCUGGUCACAGGCAGUUCUAGGACCAUGGCACACCAUAAAGACCCCAGCAAGAUGGGCAUUGGCCGCUCCAUCGCCGUGCUGACCUCCGGAGGCGAUGCCCAGGGUGAGUGGGGCUGGGUGGACCAGGGCAGGGGGGUGCCAGAGGACUGUUCGGGGGAAGCACCAGUUUCAGGGGCAGACAGUCCGAGGGAGGAUAGACAGCCCAGAGGCUUGUUGGUAAUCAGCAGGUGGCUGAGCAGGGGCCAGAGUUAAAUCGGUCCAUGUGAACAGUUCCCAUGUGGGGGCAGCAAACAAUGAGAUAUUACUUUAAGUCAACAAUUCCCAUAAUUCCCAUUCAUGCUCAGAGCUCUGAGGCUGUCAAUGAAUUUGGAAUAGGGAAACAGUGGAGUAUAGGGAGGUAAAGUAAAAAGUGAUUUGUAAACAUAAUUUGUGUUGUCUGAAGUCAUAGCUGGACUUCAAGGGUGAUGCAUAGACUGACUGUACUACAGAAAUGCAUAGAUUUAUGUUGAAAGUCAGAUGAGUCACAGCACAUAUACUGUACCAUAGCUCAACUAAUAGAAAACAUGCCUCUUAUUUGUGUGGUUUGAAAUUCAACUGUGUUGACGUUUUGUUUUCAGUCACAGUUCCAGUUAUACAGUUUGCCACACCCACUACCACGGCCAAAUAAACUGUAAUGAUUGUGGAGUUCUGACAUUAAAAGUUAAUAUCAUAAUGUUAUAUGAUAUGUUAUCACGUCUUAUAUGGCACGUUAGCUUCACAUAGAGACCUCCUCUCGGUUGUCACUGAGAUAUCUUAUCACAUGGAAAGGGCAACGUGAUGUCUUCCAUCCAAGGAGGUUGCCAGGGUCAGUGGAGCAUUCGCAGUGGGUGCGUCCCAAUAAUCUCUCCUUCCUUCUGAAGUGUGCACUCUUUCACUACUCCCCCAAAAUUUGAAAUAAUUGGAUUGGUGUACGCAUGGAUAGAGGGAGUUUCUGUAUACCAGUCAUUUCGUUUCAAAUCGAUGAAGUGAACAAGCGCACACUUCUGGAGAAAGGAAAGAUUAUUGGGACGCACCCAGCAGUCUUCCCCCUGACCUUUAGCUGGAUGAUGAAUACCUCCCCUUUGACCUUUUGGGAUGUCUGCCACUGACCCCACAUGACCUUCUGAUUGGAGCCUGUGUCAGGGAGCUGUCUGCCUGUCUGAACUUUACAUCAUUAUGCCAACUGAGUGGCUCUAGUCGGCUAGCUGUUUGUCAGGGUUCUCUCUCUGUUCUCGCUUUUAUUUCAUGUUUUUUCUUUGUCUUAUUCUCUACAUACACCCUAGCUACUAUAUUCACCCAUAUCUUUACCUUUCCCUCUAUUUACCUCUCUUUCCCUCCUGCUGUCUCUCUUUCCCUCUCAUUCCUUCUCUAUCUCUGUAUUUUUUGAAGGGGUGCUAAUUUUAGAGACGUGACCUUUGUCAUAUGACAUGGAGAGGUGGAGGAGGAGGAGGAGAGAUGUGGGCCGCCCUAUCCCUCCCUCUUAUCCCUCCUCUCUCCCUCUUCCACCUAAACCUUUUUCUCCCUCCAUCAUGUUGAAAGGGGAGACACUCUUGGCACCUCAACAGACACACUAUCCACAUGUGUUGCUCUAUAGAGUGGAGCUGGUGUGUUGAGACAGUGAGCUGGUUACAUUUCCAGUCCUGACUGCCAUACCUCUGUCGUCCCUGUCUGCCCUACCUUCCCUGUCGGCCCUGUCUGCCCUGCCAGUUCCCUGCCAGUUCACUGACACAGACACACAGGCUGUUGCAACUACAUGCCCAGGAGAGCUUGAAAGUGCAUUGUCAUCCCAACUGUGUGGAUGUGAGAGGAGAGCUCUUCAGUAUUCCACUAUGCUUUGCUAUGGUUCCCCAUCAGCCAUACAUCCUAACCAUGUGAACUCACAUGUUACAUAAUGGUACAUAAUGGUAAUGAUUAUUAUGAUCUGGUAUAUGUACACAUUAUAAUUUUUCCGUUCAGCAAAAUCACUAAAAUGAGACAAAAACAGCUGCAUUGGACUUUUAACAGAUUCAUUAUCUCAAUAUCAAAGAAUUUCUGGGUAACAAUUAAGUACCUUACUGUGAUUGUUUUCUUUUUUUUUUUACACAAUUUGCUUCCUAGCAAAGGGCAAUUUCUCAAGCAAGAAUUUUGCAUAUGUCAAGUUUGUAGCACACAGCAUGCCAACUUAAUCAUAGCAGCUACACUGUGUUGUGGGUUGUAGUUCAAAACUACCCGUGCAGGUGGGACUGUGUCAGUGAUGUUCUAACAACCACUGCAGGUAUGAAUGCUGCUGUGAGGGCCGCAGUCAGAGUGGGCAUCUACACUGGGGCCAAGGUCUACUUCGUUCAUGAGGUUAGUACCUGACUUGUAUCCCCCAUCUCAUCUAACAUUUUAUGUUACCCAUCCUCUAUUAGUCUAUAACUGUUACUAUUCCCUUUUUCUGAUUAUUAUAGUCUACAGCAGUUGUCACCAACCGGUCGAUCGCAAUCGACUGGUCGAUCUUCAAGGAAUUCCUAGUCGAUCACCAAACAUUUCUGUAGAAAAGCCAAGAAUAUAAAGGCUUGUGCUGCUUUUUUUAUUUAUUUGUGUUGCGCUGUUGGCGGUAGGUGCACUUGAUUCAGAAGCCCUGCACACCGGAUAGGCAAAGUGUUCCCAUUUUGAACUAUUUCAUUUAAACUCCGCCUACCCGGCAGACCGAGAGAUCUGUGGCUAAAUUAGUGUGCUUACUGUGCUGUCCAAUCGGAUAGCUCAAAUUACAGUGCCUACAGCUUCCACAACCCAGUCCACAGCAAAGUUUGAUACUAGCCUACAUUACAUUUAAUAACUUUUAAAACCAUGACCAAAGAGAAACUGUAAAAGAAUACAGCAAAGAGCUGCUGUUUUUAUGAGUGAAUGAAUGUCAAAGUUUUUACUCAGCACUGUCAACACUGUUUUUAUUCAACACUAUUAAAAACAUAAAAUGAGCUUCUCCCUACUUCCACUGGCGCUGCAAUGAAUGAGUAGCCAAGUGUAUCGAUAGCCCUGCAUUUGUAUGAUUAUUAGCAGCUCAUCGUGUCUAUUUUAAUAUCGAGAAAUAUUUUACUUUCUCUGGUCAUAGGAACAACAUGAAUUUGUGCAUGAGGCAGAUGAGGUGAGACUCCAGUUUUUCCAUCAAGUGGAAAACUGUGUCCCCUCUCUCCAGCCUGGUCUCAUAGACUAGAUGUAACACAGUAAAUGUAAUUCUGGGAUAUUCAAAUCAGUAUGAUAUGUUAUGUUUGGUAUGGUUACUGAAGUCAAAAACGAAAGUAGGGUGGAUGGGUAGGCGUAUAAUGCGAACGUCUAGCAACCCAAAGGUUGCGAGUUUGACUCUCAUCAGACAACUUUAGCAUUUUGGCUAAUUAGCAACUUUUCAACUACUUUUGAGCUACUUUGCAACUACUUAGCUAAGCCUUCCCCUAACCCCAUCCUUAACCAUUUAACCUAACUCAUAAACCUAACCCUAGCCUAGCUAAUGUUAGCCAGCUAGCUAACAUUAGCCACCUAGCUAGAAUUUGUAACAUCUCAUAUGUUUAGCAAAUUUGUAACAUAUUGUACGUUUUGCAAAUUCAUGACAUAUAAUUUGAAUUGUAAUUCAUAACAUAUCGUGCGAAAUGGGUGAUGGACACCACAAAUGAAUACAUACCAUACGAAACCUAACAUAUCAUACCAAAUGGAGUAUCUCGGAUUUACGUAUAGAAUAAUACGAAAUCCCUGAUUAGAGGGGAUAGGAUGUAAACCAACAGUGCUACGGACAGCAAUGCCUGGAUUGAGAAAGCUGAUCUGGAAUGAGCCUCUUACAUUCCCUUUUCCUUGCCUGUUACCUUAUCAUUCAGCUAAGCCACCUCAGUUACCUUGGGUUUCACCUUAGAUCCUCCCGUAACUGUGAGUGACAGGUUUGUGUGUUCGUCUUCAGGGUUACCAGGGUCUGGUGGAUGGAGGUGACAAUAUCAAACCUGCCACAUGGGAGAGCGUGUCUAUGAUGCUGCAGCUGGUGAGCACACAUACAGUAUACACACACACACACACUUUAUCCAAUUACCUCCCCCCUCACACUGUCUUGAGCUCUCCUGUAGUUUCUGACCAAAUGUAACCUUUCAGUGAAAGGGGUGGGAUCCAUCCUCUGUAACAUGAACUGGUCCUAGAUCAGUGACUCUCUGGUCAGUAGGAGCUAGUUAAAUGCCAGGGUUCACUGGAUUUAAUGGGCUUCAGAAUGAUAGGCUGGGGUUUCACCUCCCUCCUCUUCCCUUCCUUCUUCCCUCCCCCUUGGUCUCUCUCCUCACUCACACACACACACACACACACACACACUAUUCCUGAACCACAUUCUCUCUCAUCCCCCUCUGCCUAUAACCCACAACCUGUCCUUCUCUACUUCUUCCUCCAUCUCUCCCUCUUUUUUAGCCCAACUGAAUGUGUUCUUUUGGCAGAAUGUGUGGGUUCUGUUUGUGUCAUCCAACUGAUCCCACCUCUCCCUCUUGUCUCGUCUCAGGGUGGCACUGUGAUUGGCAGUGCCCGCUGUAUGGACUUCAAAGAGAAGUGGGGGCGUCUGAAGGCUGCCUGCAACUUGGUCAAACUGGGCAUCACCAACCUGUGUGUGAUUGGUGGUGACGGUAGCUUGACUGGUGCCAACCAGUUCCGUACAGAGUGGAGAGAGCUGCUGGCUGACCUGACCAAACAGGGUGAGAUACCUGGGCCACCAACAAGACUACAUUACCCAGCACCCUUCACUCCAAACCACCCCACUACCAUAAAACAUAAUGUGACCCACUACACUUUUUGUAUUCCACCCAGUCACUUUUUAGAUUAUCCUAAGAGGGGGGAUUAGGUCAUCAUUCAUUAUGAUCUUAAAACAAAAACUGAUCCUAGAUCAGCACCACUACUCCAAGACAAUUUGUGAAUACGGGCCCAAGCAUCUGUAUGGUCUUUGAAAUAUGUGGCUCCUUAUACUGUACUUUAAUGUCUCCUUGUGGACCCAAGUCAUAUAUGCAAAGUCAUUUAUCCAAAGCGACUUAGAAUAGUGCUUGCAUACAGUUUGAUAUGUGUGGCACCAGCGGGAAUUGAGCCCAAGACCCCAGCGUUGCAAGGGCCAUGCUCUAUCAACUGAGCCACAUAGGACUACGAGUAAUGUAUUAAAUGUGUGAGUUGACUGCUAGUUUGUGUGUCCACCACCAGGUAAGAUCACAGCGGAGGAGGCUAGGCGUUCUUCUCACCUCAAUAUCGUGGGCAUGGUGGGCUCUAUAGACAACGACUUCUGUGGCACUGACAUGACCAUCGGCACUGACUCCGCCCUGCACCGCAUCAUAGAGGUGGUGGAUGCCAUAACAACUACUGCACAGAGGUACACACACACCGAUAUUAAGUCAUUUGUAAGCAUCAGUAAAUCAUAAGGAUUUUGUGAUUCUGAGUUUUUCACAUAUUUCUGUUGACAGUCACCAGAGGACCUUUAUCCUGGAGGUGAUGGGCAGACACUGCGGGUGAGUGCCUGACUGUGUGUGUCAAAUCAAAUGAAAUUUCUUGGUCACAUACACAUGUUUAGCAAUGUUAUUGCGGGUGUAGCAAAAAUGCUUGUGUUUCUAGCUCCGACAGUGCAGUAUAUCUAACGAGUAAUAUCUAACAAUUUCACAACAUAUACCCAAUACACACAAUUCUAAGUAAAGCAAUGGAAUUAAGAAUGUAUAAAUAAAUAUAUGGACGAGCAAUGUCAGAGCGGCAUAGACUAAGAUACAGUAUAAUAUUAUAGAAUACAGUAUAUGCAUAUGAGAUGAGUAAUGCAAUAUAUGUAAACAUUAUUAAAGUGACUAGUGUUCCAUUUCUUAAAGUGGCCAGUGAUUUCUAAUCUAUGUAUAUAGGCAGCAGCCUCUAAUGUGCUAGUGAAGGCUAUUUAACAGUCUGAUGGCCUUGAGAUAGAAGCUGUUUUUCAGUCUCUCGGUCCCAGCUUUGAUGCACCUGUACUGACCUCGCCUUCUGGAUGAUAGCAGGGUGAACAGGCAGUGGCUCGGGUGGUUGUUGUCCUUGAUGAUCUUUUUGGCAUUCCUGUGACAUCGGGUGCUGUAGGUGUCCUGGAGGGCUGGUAGUUUGUCCCCGGUGAUGCGUUGGGCAGACCGCACCAUCCUCUGGAGAGCCCUGCGGUUGCGGGCAGUGCAGUUGCCGUACCAGGCGGUGAUACAGCCCGACAGGAUGCUCUCAAUUGUGCAUCUGUAAAAGUUUGUGAGGGUUUUAGGUGCCAAGCCAAAUUUCUUCAGCCUCCUGAGAUUGAAGAGGCACUGUUGCGCCUUCUUCACCACACUGUCUGUGUGGGUGGACCAUUUCAGUUUGUCAGUGACGUGUACGCCGAGGAACUUUAAGCUUUCCACCUUCUCCACUGCGGUCCCGUCAAUGUGGAUAGGGGGGUCCUCCCUCUGCUGUUUCCUGAAGUCCACGAUCAUUUGUUUUGUUGACGUUGAGUGAGAGGUUAUUUUCCUGGCACCACACUCCCAGAGCCCUCACCUCCUCCCUGUAGGCUGUCUCGUCAUUGUUGGUAAUCAAGCCUACUACUGUUGUGUCGUCUGCAAACUUGACGCUUGAGUUGGAAGCGUGCUUGGCCACGCAGUCAUGGGUGAACAGGGAGUACAGGAGGGGGCAACCUUGUGGAGCCCCAGUGUUGAGGAUCAGCGAAGUGGAGGUGUUGUUUCCUACCUUCACCACCUGGGGGCGGCCCGUCAGGAAGUCCAGGACCCAGUUGCACAGGGUGGGGUUCAGAUCCAGGGCUUCAAGCUUAAUGAUGCGCUUGGAGGGUACUAUGGUGUUGAAUGCUGAGCUAUAGUCAAUGAACAGUAUUCUUACAUAUGGAUUCCUCUUGUCCAGAUGGGAUAGGGCAGUGUGAUGUUGAUUGCAUCGUCUGUGGAUCUAUUGGGGCGGUAAGCAAAUGGAUGUGGGUCUAGCGUGGCAGGUAAGGUAGAGGUGAUAUGAUCCUUGACUAGUCUCUCAAAGCACUUCAUGAUGACAGAAGUGAGUGCUAUGGGGCGAUAGUCAUUUAGUUCAGUUACCUUUGCUUUCUUGGGUACAGGGACAAUGGUGGCCAUCUUGAAGCAUGUGGGGACAGCAGCAUUGGUGUAAAAAUAGUUUAAAGUACUACUUAAGUAGUUUUUUUUAGGUAUCUGUACUUGCCUAUUUAUAUUUUGGACUACUUUUGGACACCCAAAAGUACUCGUUACAUUUUAUAAUAAUAAUAUGCCAUUUAGCAGACGCUUUUAUUCAAAGCGACUUACAGUCAUGCGUGCAUACAUUUUUGUGUAUGGGUGGUCCCGGGGAUCGAACCCACUACCUUGGCGUUACAAGCGCCGUGCUCUACCAGCUGAGCUACAGAGGACUACGAUUUUCCAUGCUUAGAAGGUCAGGAAAAUGGUCCAAUUCACUCACUUAUCAAGAGAACAUUCCUACUGCCUCUGAUCUGGAAGACUCACUAAACACAAAUGCUUUGUUUGUAAAUUAUGUCUGUGUUGUAAUGUGCCCCUGGCUAUCUGUAAAUGAAAAAAAAACAAGAAAAUUGUGCAGUCCGAUUUGCUUAUUAUAAACAAUUCGAAAUUACUUUUGAUACUUAAGUAUAUUUAAAACCAAAUACUUUUUGACUUUUACUCAAGUAGUAUUUUUCUGGGUGACUUUUACUUGAGUCAUUUUCUAUGAAGGUAUCUUUACUUUUACUCAAGUAUGACAAUUGGGUACUUUUUCCACCACUGGACAGCAUACUGGGAUAGGGAGAGAUUGAAUAUGUCCGUAAACACACCAGGCAGCUGGUUUGUGCAUGCUCUGAGGACGCGGCUAGGGAUGCCAUCUGGGCCGGCAGCCUUGCGAUGGUUAACACGCUUAAAUGUCUUACUCACGUCGGCCACAGAGAAAGAGAGCCCACAGUCCUUGGUAGCGGGCCACGUUGGUGGCACUAUAUUAUCCUCAAAGAGGGCGAAGAAGGUGUUUAGCUUGUCCGGAAGCAAGACGUCGGUGUCCGCGGCGUGGCUGGUUUUCCUUUUAUAGUCCGUGAUUGUCUGUAGACCCUGCCACAUACGUCUCGUGUCUGAGCCGUUGAAUUGUGACUCCACUUUGUCCCUAUACUGACGUUUUGCUUGUUUGAUUGCCUUGCGGAGGGAAUAACUACACUGUUUGUAUUCUGCCAUAUUCCCAGUCACCUUGCCAUGGUUAAAUGCGGUGGUUCGCGCUUUCAGUUUUGCGCAAAUGCUGCCAUCUAUCCACGGUUUCUGGUUAGGGUAGGUUUUAAUAAUCACAAUGGGUACAACAUCUCCUAUACACUUCCUGAAACUCAGUCACCAUAUCAGAAUAUACGUCAAUAUUAUUUUCUGAAGCUACCCGGAACGUAUCCCAGUCCGCGUGAUCAAAACCAUCUUGAAGCGUUGAUUCCGAUUGGUUAGACUAGUGUUGAAUAGUCCUUAGCACAGGUACUUCCUGUUUGAAUUUCUGCCUAUAGGAAGGGAGGAGCAAAAUGGAGUCGUGGUCAGAUUUGCCGAAAGGAGGGCGGGGGAGGGCCUUGUAUGCAUCCCGGAAGUUGGAGUAGCAGUGGGCGAGUGUUUUAGCAGCACAAGAACUACAAUCAAUGUGUUGAUAGAACUUCAGUAGCCUUUUCCUCAAAUUUGCUUUGUUAAAAUCCCAAGCUACAAUAAAUGCAGCCUAGGAUAUGUGGUGUCCAGUUUGCAUAAAGUCCAGUGGAGUUCUUUGAGGGCCGUCGUGGUAUCGGCUUGAGGGGGGAUAUCUAUAACCGAAUAAAAUUAUCUUGGGAGAUAAUACUGCCGGCAUUUGAUAGAGGUAUUCUAGGUCCUUCUGCUUCCCGGAUAGAUAUUUAUUCAUGUCUGCGCACGUUUGUCUGUGUAUGCUUGUGUAUGUGUUAACAUUGCUCUCUGUUCCUACAGCUACCUGGCCCUGGUGACUGCUCUGGCCUGCGGUGCUGACUGGGUGUUCAUCCCAGAGAUGCCCCCAGAGGAAAACUGGGAGGAACAUCUGUGCAAAAGACUGAUUGCGGUACCACACCUCCUCUCCUCCUCCCUCUAUCCCUUCUCCACCUCUUCUGAUUGAGCCUCUCUUUAUUUCUUUGUCCCUCUCCCUGGUUUUCUCUCUCUUCCUCAUAUAGUAACACACAAAACAAAGUUCUCUCUCCGUCUCUCUCUCAGCAAAGGGAGCGUGGUUCUCGUCUGAACGUCAUCAUCAUGGCAGAGGGAGCCCAGGACCGUAACCAGAAACCCAUCACCUGUGACCAAGUCAAAAAUGUGAGCGAUGGCAUCACACAGUCAAUAGAAGUUGUCCCUAACCACGUAAACAGGCGGUGUCCCAAAUGGCACCCUAUUCCCCCAGCCACAGAGUCCGAUAUGUUUCAUCCCCCUAAUGGUUAAGGUUAUAAGGGGCUAGGGUAAUAUGACCUUAAAUCUAUCGUCUAGCUUUGAUCUGACAGAGGACUGAUGCUGUAAUCUCUCUGUCACUCUGUACAGCUGGUAUCCAAGAAACUUUGCUUCGACACCCGUUCCACCAUCCUGGGACACGUACAGAGAGGUGGCACCCCCUCUGCUUUCGAUAGGAUCCUGGUAAUCCAUCUCUGUCACCACUUUGUGUCUGUCAAUCUGUCUGUCUGUCUUGUUUUCACUCUGUUGGCUACUCUUUCUUGACCUUCAGGGUCAUUACAUAUCACCUAUAAUGUUCCUGCUAUGAUAAUCGAUCCUUCAUUCAUUCCUUCUCUCCCUUCGUCCCCCAGGGUAGCAGGAUGGGUGUGGAGGCUGUGAUGGCUCUGUUGGAGGCCACCCCAGAAACCCCAGCCUGUGUUGUCAGUCUUUCUGGGAACAUGGCCAUCAGGCUGCCUCUCAUGGAGUGUGUCCAAGUUGUGAGCUAUAUACCUAUGCCACAUCAAACUGCAUUAUUUCCUCUCUUACUGCUGAGAAAGCAUAUUAUCGACAUUGUCGUUUAAAAUGUCUUCUUCUCUCUAUUAUCCCCCCUCUCUCAGACUAAAGAUGUGACCGUAGCCAUGGCUGAGGGGAGAUUUGAAGAUGCUGUGAAGCUCAGGGGAAAGUGAGCCUUUUAUUUUGCCUCUUUUAUUCCUUCUUCAUUUGGACUUUUAUUAUAGUGAGAUGAAAACCAUUGGUCAUUUUCUUGUCAAUGUCUGUAGGAGCUUUCAGAAUAACUGGAACACAUACAAAAUGCUGGCUCACGUGAACCCCCCAGAAGUGAAGGUGAGUAACUGCAUAAUUUUCAUCAGUUUCUUUUUCUUGCUAUCUUGGUCUGGUAUUUGGGCAACCUGGUUGCACAUUUGAAGGCAUUAUAGGGUUGCACCAAAAUACAUCCUCUCUCUGUCUUGUUCUCCCCCUCUCAGAGCAACAUCAAUAUUGCCAUUGUAAAUGUGGGCGCCCCCUGUGCUGGAAUGAAUGCAGCAGUGCGUGCAGCUGUCAGGGUCGGUCUCAUCCAGGGACACCAGAUGCUGGCUAUACAUGACGGCUUUGACGGCCUGGCUAACGGACAGGUGGGCCAUUCCACCAGGAAAGAUGUCCCUGAGGAUUUCCUGUAGUGGACAACUUGUGUGUAAUUUUACAUGUGAUCAGAUGAAUGACAUCAUCAGGAACAUCAGUUCAUUGCCAAGUUGAGCUCCACCUGCAAAGCUCAACACAAAUAACACACACACACACACACACCAUACUCAUCUCUUGUUCCUCUUCCCCAGAUUGAGCCUAUCACUUGGGCUCAAGUGGGUGGAUGGACUGGGAAGGGAGGGUCCAAUCUCGGUACCAAGAGGUGAGACAUCUCCACAGAGCACACACACCAAUGCUUAGGGCCAGGGAAAGUUCAAAGUCGUGUGUUUAGGAGGAACCCAGGGCACUACUUAGAAGAACAUAAACCUCUAUUGACAUUUACCUCUCUGUUUCUCCUCUCUGGUGUGUAGACACCUGCCAGGUAAAAACAUUGAGCAAAUCAGCCUGAACAUUGCCAAGUUCAACAUCCAUUCUCUGAUCAUCAUCGGAGGCUUUGAGGUGAGGCUCGAGGGGGAGGAUUAGAGUGUUCGGAUGGUUCACUGGUCCACUGUCAAAAUCAUUAUUGAUUGAACAUAUUCAUUGAACAUAAGCACUACAGUUGAAAAACAAUGAGUCUCAUGAAUAUUGUCAUGUCUGUUGAUGCCUAUUCCAGAUAUACACUACCAGUCAAAAGUUUGGAAACACAUUCAAGGGUUUUUCUUUAUUCUUUCUAUUUUUUUUACAUUGUAGAAUAAUAGUGAAGACAUCAAAACUAUGAAAUAACACAUAUGGAAUCAUGUAGUAACCAAAAAAGUGUUAAACAAAUCAAAAUAUAUUUUACAUUUCAGAUUCUUCAAAUAGCUACCCUUUGCCUUGAUGACAGCUUUUGCACACUCUUGGCAUUCUCUCAACCAGCUUCAUGAGGUAGUCACCUGGAAUGCAUUUCAAUUAACAGGUGUGCCGCCUUAAAAGUUAAUUUGUGGAAUUUCUUUCCUUCUAAAUGCGUUUGCGCCAAUCAGUUGUGUUGUGACAAGGUAUGGGGGGGGGGGGGGGGGUAAUGGCAGGGUUAUGGCAAGAACAGCUCAAAUAAGCAAAGAGAAACGUCAGUCCAUCAUUACUUUAAGACAUGAAGGUCAGUCAAUACAGAACAUUUCAAAAACUUUGAACGUUUCUUCAAGUGCAGUUGCAAAAACCAUCAAGCGCUAUGAUGAAACUGGCUCUCAUGAGGACCACCACAGGAAUGGAGGACACAUCUCAACAUCAACUGUUCAGAGGGGACUGUGUGAAUCAGGCCUUCAUGGGCGAACUGCUGCAAAGAAACCACUACUAAAGGACACCAAUAACAAGAAGAGACCUGCUUGGGCCAAGAAACACGAGCAAUGGACAUUAGACUGGUGGGAAGUGUCCUGUGUGAAUUUAAGUAUGCUCUCUCUAAUUCUCUCGUUCUCUCUUUCUCUCUGAGAACCUGAGCCCUAGGACCAUACGUCAGGACUACCGGGCAUGAUGACACCCUGCUGCCCCCAGUCCGCCUGGCCUUGCUGCUAUUCCAGUUUCAACUGUUCUGCCUGCGGCUACGAAACCCCUACCUGUCCCAGACCUGCUGUUUUCAACUCUAAAUGAUCGGCUAUGAAAAGCCAACUGAGAGACCUGAGCCCUAGGACCAUACGUCGGGACUACCGGCCGUGGUGACUCCUUGCUAUCCCCAGUCCGCCUGGCCUUGCUGCUAUUCCAGUUUAAACUGUUCUGCCUGCGGUUAUGGAACCCCUACCUGUCCCAGACCUGCUGUUUUAAACUCUAAUGAUCGGCUAUGAAAAGCCAACUGAGAUUUAUUCCUGAUUAUUAUUUGACCAUGCUUGUCACUUAUGAACAUUUUUGAACAUCUUGGCAUGGUUCUGUUAUAAUCUCCACCCGGCACAGCCAGAAGAGGACUGGCCACCCCUCAUAGCCUGGUUCCUCUCUAGGUUUCUUCCUAGGUUUUGCCUUUCUAGGGAGUUUUUCCUAGCCACCGUGCUUCUACACCUGCAUUACUAGCUGUUUGGGGUUUUAGGCUGGGUUUCUGUACAGCACUUCGAGAUAUUAGCUGAUGUAAGAAGGGCUAUAUAAAAUAAAAUUGAUUGAUUGAUUGAUUGAAUUUGUCCUUUGGUCUGGAGUCCAAAUUGGAGAUUUUUGGUUCCAAGCGCCGUGUCUUUGUGAGACGCGUUGUGGGUGAACGGAUGAUCUCCGCAUGUGUAGUUCCCACUGUAAAGCAUGGAGGAGGAGGUGUUAUGGUGUGGGGGUGCUUUGCUGGUGACACUGUCAAGGCACACUUAACCAGCAUGUCUACCACAGCAUUCUGCAGUGAUACGCCAUCACAUCUGGUUUGGGCUUAGUGGGACUAUGAUUUGUUUUUCAACAGGACAAUGACCCAACACACCUCCAGGCUGUGUAAGGGUUAUUUUUACCAAGAAGCAGAGUGAUGGAGUGCUGCAUCAGAUGACCUGGCCUCCACAAUCCCCUGACCUCAACCCAAUUGAGAUGCUUAGCAUAUGUGGGAACUCUUUCAAGACUGUUGGAAAAGCAUUCCAAGUGAAGCUGGUUGAGAGAAUGCCAAGAGUGUGCAAAGCUGUCACCAAGGCAAAGGGUGGCUAUUUGAAGAAUCUCAAAUAUAACAUAUAUUUUGAUUUGUUUAACACUUUUUUGGUUACUACGUGAUUCCAUAUGUGUUAUUUCAUAGUUUUGAUGUCUUCACUAUUAUUCUAAAUAGUAAAGAAAAACCCUUGAAUGAGUAGGUGUGUCCAAACUUUUGACUGGUACUGUGCAUGGUAUUGUGUGUCUCCCUGUCAGGCCUAUCUGGGUGGUCUGGAGCUGGUGACAGCCAGGGAGAAGUACGAGGAGCUGUGUAUCCCCAUGGUGGUCAUUCCCGCCACCGUCUCCAACAAUGUUCCCGGAUCAGACUUCAGCAUCGGCGCUGACACCGCCCUCAACACCAUCACCAUGGUAAGACACACACACACACACGCUGUACCCCAGACACACACACACACACACUUUAAAUACUUUAUUUGAAUCCACAAAUUGCAUUACAGUCGAGAAGGAUUCAAACAUUUCAAAGGACAUGGUCAUCUGGAUGGAUAUAGAAAGCACCUUCUCCAUUCAGCAAGGCUUUCCAUGACACCUGACACAGAGCAGUACUUUGUUAGCUGCUUUGCCUUUGUCCUAUGCGGGCCUGCAUUCUGUCAGCCUGUGUAUAUGGCUGAGACUCCCAAAUAUCAGCGCCACAAGUUUGCACUGAUAACUAAGGCUGUUCAGGCGUGACACGAGGAAAUGGUAUUUCAGCAACUUAGCAACAAAUGGUCUGCUCCAUAUAGGAGUCAAAAGAGCAACCCACUUCCAAAAUAUGUACCUCCCUCCGGCCUUCCCCACAACAACAAUAUCUGGCAUAUUUGGGAUACAAGAAAACACAUUAUCAAACCAGCCUCCUCUGACAAGAGAAUGUUUGUGAAUGUGUGCGGGACACACACACUUUGACCUUUUAGUCAUUUAGCAGACGCUCUUAUCCAGAGCAAUUAGGGUUCAGUGCCUUGCUCAAGGACACAUCAACAGAUUAUUUACCUAGUUGCACAGGGAUUCGAACUAGUAACCUUUUUGUUACUGGCCCAACACUCUUAACUGCUAUGCUAACCGCUAGGCUACCUGCCUAACAUAUGACAAUACCCAGACACACAUCCCUCCUCAUAUUUACCUUUCUUUCUUUCUGUCAGACUUGCGACAGGAUCAAGCAGUCUGCUGCUGGCACCAAGAGGAGAGUGUUCAUCAUUGAGACCAUGGGGGGAUACUGCGGCUACCUGGCAACCAUGGCUGGCUUGUCAUCUGGGGCUGACGCUGCCUACAUUUAUGAAGAGCCUUUCCAUAUCCGCGACCUUGAGGUCAGGGGGCACACUGGCAGAAUAACAAAGAUGGAUGGAUUCUGUGUUAUAUUUCAAACACAAAACAUGGGGACAUUGGGUUGUUGAAUCAUCUAUUGUAUUGUUUUGUUGCAGCUGAACGUGGAGCAUCUGAUAGAAAAGAUGAAGACCUCAGUGAAGAGAGGUCUCAUUCUCAGGUAGGUGUGCUCUCCUCAAAAACACAUCCUUAUCUGAUAUCCCUCAGACAUUAUCGUUCUCUUGUUUCUCUUGUUACUACAACUAACGAAUGAUGGAUUGUCCUAUAAUAAUACCGCCAUCCUCCUCCUGCCGACAGGAACGCUAAUGCCAACGACAACUACACCACACAGUUCCUCUACAACCUGUACUCAGAGGAGGGCAAGGGCACGUUCGACUGCAGGAUGAACAUCCUGGGACACAUGCAGCAGGUCUGAUGGACGCUUCUUCUAACUGUUUAAUGGGCUCAACUCUAAAUCUGUUGUAAUAUAAGGAAUCAAUUUAUGUAUAUAUUCAUCUGGAAAUACAUCUCUCUUUCUCUUUGUCUCACCACCAGGGUGGAACCCCCUCUCCCUUCGACAGGAAUUUUGGCACCAAGAUGGGAUCCAAGUCUGUCCUGUGGCUGACUGACAAGCUGAAGGAGUGCUACAGACACGGUGAGGAUCAUUUGGUAUUUUAUUAGGAUCCCCAUUAGCUGUUGCAAAAGCAGCAGCUACUCUUCCUGGGGUCCACACAAAACAUGAAACAUUACAUAAUACAGAACAUUAAUAGUCAAGAACAACUCAAGGACAGAACUACAUCAAUUAAAAAAGAAAGAAAGGCACACAGCCUACAUAUCAAUACCAAUACAUACACACAAACUAUCUAGGUCAAAUAGGGGAGAGGCGUUGUGCCAUGAGGUGUUACUUUAUAUAUUUUUUUGAAAGCAGGUUUGCUGUUCAUUUGAGCAAUAUGAGAUGGAACGGAGUUCUAUGCAAUAAUGGCUCUAUAUAAUACUGUACUCUUUCUUGAGUUUGUUCUGGAUUUGGGGACUGUGAAAAGACCCCUGGUCGCAUGUCUGAUGGGGUAAGUGUGUGUCAGAGCUGUGCGUAAGUUGACUGUGCAAACAAUUUGGGAUUUUCAACACAUUAAUGUUUCUUAUAAAAAGAAGUGAUGCAGUCAGUCUCUCCUCAACUCUUAGCCAAGAGAGACUGGCAUGCAUAGUAUUUAUAUCAGCCCUCUGAUUACAAUGAAAAGCAAGACGUGCCGCUCUGUUCUGGGCCAGCUGCAGCUUUACUAGGUAUUUCCUUGCAGCACUCGACCACACAACUGGACAAUAAUCAAGAUAAGUCAAAACUAGAGCCUGCAGGACUUGCUUUUUGGAAUGUGGUGUCAAAAAAGCAGAGCAUCUCUUUAUUACAGACAGACCUCUCCCCAUCUUUACAACCAUUGAAUCUAUAUGUUUGACCAUGACAGUUUACAAUCUAAGGUAACGCCAAGUAAUUUAGUCUCCUCAACUUGUUCAACAGCCACACCAUUCAUAACCAGAUUCAGCUGAGGUCUAGAACUUACGGAAUGCUUUGUACCAAAUACAAUGCUCUUAGUUUUAGAGAUGUUCAGGACCAGUUUAUUACUGGCCACCCAUUCCAAAACAGACUGCAACUCUUUGUCUCUUUGUUAAGAGUUUCAGUGACUUCAUUAGCUGUGGUUGCUGAUGCGUAUAUGGUUGAAUCAUCAGCAUACAUGGACACACAUUCUUUGUUUAAUGGCAGUGGCAGGUCAUUGGUAAUAAUAGAAAAGAGAACAGAGGGCCUAGAGAGCUGCCCUGCGGUACACCACACUUUACAUGUUUGACAUUAGAGAAGCUUCCAUUAAUCUCUACGGGAUCGGUGUCCCGUAUACGGGACGGUUGAGCUAACGUGCGCUAAUGUGAUUAGCAUGACUGUUGUAAGUAACAGCAAACUUUCCAGGACAUAAACAUGUCUUAAAUGGGCAGAAAACUUAAAUUCUUGUUAAUCUAACUGCACUGUCCAAUUUACAGUAGCUAUUGCAGUGAAAAGAUACCAUGCUAUUGUUUGAGGAGAGUGCACAACAACAGAAAAACGUAUCACGGCAAGUGGUUUGAUACAUUCACCUCUGAAGGUACAUAAUGUACUUACCUUCAGUAAUCUUGCUCUGAUUUGUCAUCCUAAGGGUCCCAGAGAUAAAAUGUAGCAUAGUUUUGUUUGAUAAAAUCAAUUUUUAUAUUCAAAUGUAGGAACUGGGUUCUACAGUUUGAACCCCUGCUGUCUCUGGCUCUGUAUUAUCUUUUACCAGAUCUAAUGUGUUAUAUUCUCCUACAUUAAUUUCACAUUUCCACAAACUUCAAAGUGUUUCCUUUCAAAUGGUAUCAAGAAUAUGCAUAUCCUUGCUUCAGGUCCUGAGCUACAGACAGUUAGAUUUGGGUAUGUCAUUUUAGGCGAAAAUUGAAAGAAAGGGUCAGAUCCUUGAGGUUAAAGAAAACCCUUUCAGUUCUAUUAUAUAGAUAGCUCUGAAUCCACAAUAUGGCAGAGGUUGAAAAGCCAUAACACAUCCACUACCAUUCAAACUAAGCUUUGUGAAUGUUGACCUGUUUAAAGGUCUUACUCACAUCGGCUACGGAGAGCGCGAUCACACAGUCGUCCAGAACAGCUGAUGCUCUCGUGCAUGCUUCAAUGUUGCUUGCCUCGAAGCGAGCAUAGAAGUAAUUUAGCUCGUCUGGUAGGCUCUUAUCACUGGGCAGCUCGCGGCUGCGCUUCCCUUUGUAGUCUGUAAUAGUUUGCAAGCCCUGCCACAUCCGAGCGUCGGAGCCGGUGUAGUACGAUUCAGUCUUAGUCCUGUUUUGACGCUUUACCUGUUUGAUGGUUCGUCGGAGGGCAUAGCGGGAUGUCUUCUAAGCAUCCGGGUUAGAGUCCCGCUCCUUGAAAGCGGCAGCUCUACCCUUUAGCUCAGUGCGGAUGUUGCCUGUAAUCCAUGGCUUCUGGUUGGGGUAUGUGCGUACGGUCACUGUGGGGACGACAUCAUCGAUGCACUUAUUGAUGAAGCCAGUGACUGAUGUGGUGUACUCCCCAAUGCCAUCAGAAGAAUCCCGGAACAUAUUCCAGUCUGUGCUAGCAAAACAGUCCUGUAGCUUAGCAUCUGUGUCAUCUGACCACUUCUGUAUUGAGCGAGUCACUGGUAAUUCCUGCUUUAGUUUUAGCUUGUAAGCAGGAAUCAGGAGGAUAGAAUUGUGAUCAGAUUUGCCAAAUGGAGGGCGAGGGAGAGCUUUGUACGCAUCUCUGUGUGUGGAGUAAAGGUGGUCUAGAGUUUUUUUUUCCUCUGGUUGCACAUUUAACAUGCUGGUAGAAAUUAGGUAAAACAGAUUUAAUUUUCCCUGCAUUAAAGUCCCCGGCCACUAGGAGCGCCACCUCUGGAUGAGCAUUUUCUUGUUUGCUCAUGCCUUAUACAGCCCGUUGAGUGCGGUCUUAGUGCCAGCAUUGGUUUGUGGUGGUAAAUAGACAGCUAUGAAAAAUAUAGAUGAUAAACUCUCUUGGUAAAUAGUGUGGUCUCCAGCUUAUCAUGAGAUACUCUACCUCAGGCGAGCAAGAAAUCCCGCUAGCUUGAUAGGCAGCUAGCUAGCAGCUAGGCUAGUUGCUACGCCAAAUGGCUCCUCAGACCCGGCCUUGGUCGGCAGGAUCACUGGACAGAGAGUAGCAGUCCCAGCAACUGAUGCCAAAUGCGUCCCGGGAUCCAAACUAAAAAGUUAACUAGCUACUAAAACUUUCCAACACACUUUCAAAACAACAAAUUUGUCAAAACAACAAACCGAGGGGGUAGAGGGUUAGGGGAAUAUAAUAAAGGAAAAUGUAUGAAAAUAUAUAUGGGGAAUGAUGAUGCAGACAAUUACAUUGAUGGAAGCCACAAUAUAUCUGCAAUAUUAAAGCUGAUCUACCUCCUAGAAAUAACAUUUUUUUUUAAAGCGAAUAACUCUUCUUGCUCUCAUCAACAAGCACAAUGCCUCCAUAACUUGCUCUGUAUAAUGCAUCUACAUGGAUUCAUGACCUUCUGUGCCCACUACCUUCGGCCUGGUCCUAGAUAGGUGUUUUAUCCAACUCCUCUGACUAUUGAUGUCCUGCUAUAAGAGAUGAGCUGGAUAAAGCCCAUACAGACAGAUCUAGGACCAGCCAGGCUACUGUCCUCCUAUGCUGAUGCUGGCCCUCUUUGUGUCCCCAGGUCGUAUCUUUGCUAACACACCAGAUUCUGCCUGUGUGCUGGGCAUGAAGAAGAGAUCCCUGAUCUUCCAACCCCUGGCUUCCCUCAAGGAAGACACUGACUUUGAGUAAGUCCUAAUCCUCCCUGUGUUUCCACACCUCCUUCUCGUUCUCUCCUCCUUCUCUUUCUCUCCUCCUCUCUCUUGUUUGUGACUCUUCAUCGUGUGUUCCACAUUGAGUUCAGUUGUGUUUUAAUGACGAGCAAUGGUAAGUAAGUGCUGUUUUUUGGAAUUAUGUGUCAAUCCAGUUAGAACCAUUGAACCAGCCCAGGUUCCUUCUAUCAUUUAUCUUCUUAUUCUUCCUCUAUUUCCUGUUUUCUUUCUCUGAUCCCACUCUUCUUACCCUCCUCCUUCACACUCCCCUCUUCUACCAUCCUAUUUUCUCUCUCCUCUCCCUCACUCUAUCCUUCUCUCCUCCCUCCACAGGCACCGUAUCCCAAAGACCGAGUGGUGGCUGAAGCUGAGGCCCAUCCUGAAGAUCCUGGCCAGGUAUGAAGCUGUGGAAAUCGACACCUCUGAGGCGGCUGCCAUGGAGCACAUCAUCAAGAAGACAGGCGAAAUCAAUGGGGGCAAA